AUGCGCACUAUGAGGAUAGGAUUAAGGCACUUCCUCUACAAGAUCAAACAGGUCGACUCCGACCGGUGCGCCUGUGACCUAGGGUCCCAGACCCCUAGGCACGUCCUUCUGGAGUGCUCGCUGUACACGGCCAGCCGGAGGAUAAUGAUAGAUCACCUCAAUCAGAUAGAGGGAUUGCGUAGGCGUAUACAGGAUUAUGACGCAGUUAUAGCACACCCGCAGGCGAUCCGCUACGUCGCCGAAUUUAUGCAACAGACAGGCCUCCUUCAACAAUUCCGAUUCGCUCGACUGGACGAGGAGGACGACGAGGAGGCUCCAGAACCUACCAACCUGCUAGAAGGACUCGAACUAGGCGAGGAAGACGAUGGUUACAUGGAACUUUAG